GACUGAGCCACCCGGGCACCCCUGAUUGGCCAGACUUUAGUGGCAUGGCCAAAUCUAGUUGGGAGAAGCUGAGAAAUGUUGUAUUUAUUCUGGAUGGCCACAUCCCCAUCUAAACUUGGAUAUAAAUUACUUGGAAAGAAUGGAAGAAUAGAUAUUGGAGACAACUAGCAGUCUCUACUAAAAGGGUUCGGUCUGUUCAUGUUUGUGUACGUGCCCAUGAUGUGUGUUAUGUGUGUGAGCACGUGUGUUGUGUACACUGGUGGCCCACGUUCUCUCCACCACUUUGAUCCCAGAUGGGCUUGUUAUGAGUUCUCUGUGGAGCUCCUCUAAAUCUGGCCUCUCAGGCAGAUUGAGCCUCAGCUUCUCAAUUCAAGGAACUACAAUGUAUUUUCUGCAUCCACCGAAGCAUGUUAUCAGUGGUGAGAGAGGGGCUUGUAAAACUGUUUUCCCAUUCAGGUGUUACAGGGUGGCCAUUAUGUGAGAGCGACUAUGACCAGAGUUAAUCUGGCAAUAAAUUCUCUUGGGAAGGAGGGUGUCAUUAACGCAAGCAUCCUAGCAAAGGGUACCGCUCAAUCUUGUGCCGCAGGGGAAACGCCCCGAAAUACCAGGCACCCUGUUGAGAUGACCCAAGGCGAGGAAAAUGCUAGAUUCAGCGUUGGUUACAGGUAGUGUUGCCCCAGUGUUUUAAGCCCUGCCCAGUAAUCACGCAAUUCCAAGAAACUGCUGACCUUGCCUACCCCCACCCCACCCCCCACCCACCCUUCAGCACAUACACACACAAUAUGCAGGGGCUUGACAGGUUCAUCUCAUUUAUUCUUUUGAGCCAGUGGGUAUUAUUCCGUUUUACUAAUGAGAAUGGGAUGCUGUAGGGAAGUUAAGUAUUUGCCUAGAGACUCAUAGCUAAAAAGGGCAGAGCUGCUGCUGAACCCUCGGGGCCUAACCACUAUUCUCUCCAACUUUAUUAGGAUUUCGUGGAACCCUGUUGGGGGUUAGCACCACGGAACUCCCUUCCACAAACAUUUGGCGCAAGUGUUUACUCAGGUAAUCAGCCCGAGACGUACAUCCUGGGAAGGAAAAUGCUUUGUGGACCCUUGUGCCGAUUCCUGUGGCUUUGGCCCUAUCUGUCCUAUGUUGAAGCUGUGCCAAUCCGAAAAGUCCAGGAUGACACCAAAACCCUCAUCAAGACGAUUGUCACCAGGAUCAAUGACAUUUCACACACGCAGUCUGUCUCCUCCAAACAGAGAGUCGCUGGUCUUGACUUCAUUCCUGGGCUCCACCCUGUCCUGAGUUUGUCCAAGAUGGACCAGACAUUGGCCAUCUACCAACAGAUCCUCACCGGUCUGCCUUCUAGAAAUGUGGUCCAAAUAUCUAAUGACCUAGAGAACCUCCGGGACCUUCUCCACCUGCUGGCUUCCUCCAAGAACUGUCCCUUGCCCCGGGCCAGGGGCCUGGAGACCCUCGAGAGCCUGGGCGGUGCCCUGGAAGCCUCACUCUACUCCACGGAGGUGGUGGCCCUGAGCCGGCUGCAGGCUUCUCUACAGGACAUGCUUUGGCGGCUGGACCUCAGCCCUGGGUGCUGAGGCCUGGAAGACCUCUCGUCCCAAAGUCGAGGAGAGAACCCAUGGCUCCCAGGUGUCUUCAGCAGAGAGCCUGUGUGGGUGUCCUUUAUCCAGGCCCCAGGCCAUUAGUCUCUCACACCUUUGAGCCACUCUUCCAAAGGCAUAAGCCUGCAAGGCACGAAACCAAAGAUAGAAUGCAUGAUUCCGUGCUCACCGGGAAGGGAGACCCACCCGGCAGUGAACCGGACCUGAGGAUCUCACAAAAGCCUUCCUUCCUGUGCCACCUCCCCUCUCACCGCAUGCUUCAGCGUGACCUGGGGUGAUUUCAGGAGGCACCCGCUGAGCCUUUGGACCAUCAAGCGAGGUUCUGUCUGAGAAUUCUGAGAACACCAUGACGGUUACAUCCACAUAGCUGCAAACUCCCAAGCAACACAUUAUUUAUUCUGCGUUUUAUCCUGGAUGGAUCUGAAGCAAAACAGCAGCUUUUCCAGGCUCUUUGGGGCCAGCCAGGGCUAGGGAUGCUGCUUCCAGCCCCGCUGGUGGGCCUGGCUAAGGCAAACCCAUUUCUCUGUGACUUGAGGGCUCUCAAGUUAGUUCUUUGGUAACUGGUUUUGUUUCUACCGUGACUGAUGUGAAAUUACAGUGUUUGCAAUGGCAUUGCCCUGAGCAGAUCUCCAAGGACCAGGUUCUUCCAAAAAGAAGAUGAAUUUUGUCAAGUGUGAUAUAUAGAUGUGUGCACCUGGAGGUGGGGGGAACGUGUUAGUGGGAAGGGGAAGGAUCAGAAUGUAUUUUCUGAAUUACAUUUGUGUGAUGGGCUCUUCGGAUGGGGUGGAGUCAUUUUCUCAUCUCUGCAGCCACUUCGUGUGGUUUUCUGGAAAAUAACAAAGGAGAUGACUCCUUUGGGGGGGGGGGGUGUGGGGUUUUGGCAGCCACCUAUGGAGGGAGGCUGGGGACUGUCUAUUGGGACAGUUGUGAGCUCUGGCCUUCUCCAAUUGCGAGAGAGAGGUCUUUCUUAUCAGGGAGUGAGGAUCCCUCACUGGAGACCAUGAUCCCCAGAGCAGGGGUCCUUGGAAUGGCCCUUGGAAUGGUCUGGGGAUGAUCCUACACUGGAUUUAUUACAUGGCAGUACCCCUACUUGGGAUUUGCAUGCCAAAUUGUGGUUCUCAUCAGACUGGCCCACCCAAAGCACGACCAUGUUUCCUACCCAUUUGGUGUGGAUUUUUAUUCCAGUGGGAAGGUCUGUGGGCUUUAGCGGGUGGUCCCAAAACUUGGGCCAGCAAUGCUGAGUGCCAGGACUCCCGGGCCAGGCUGCCAGGAGCGCCUUUCCCACUAGAGGUCAUGUUUGGUGGGAUGAAUGAACAAGGAGGCUUGGGUUUUCCACCGUUCUGCCACUGUUAUGAGGCCAUCACGUGACAGGUGGUGGAUCUAUCCAAGGAAAUUCGAAUCAAAGCUAUCAACGUUCAGACUGAGCACCUACUUCGCGCUCAGCCCUGAUUGGUGCUAUGGGCUAGAGAAGCUCACCAAGUAAACGUUAAAAUCCAGUCUUGCCCUCAGGGACCUUGCAUUCCCGAUGAUAAAAACUUUACACAGCAGCGCUAAGGCUGGCCUUUCACCAUGGUAACCAAGCUGCUGAAAGAGUGAGCUCCUGAGCAGGUGGGAAAUGCUGGGCGGAGGGUGGCAGUCCUCAGGGGCCCACUGGCUAACCCUGCUUGCACUUGGUAGCAUUUUUGCUUUUCAGGGCCCGGCAGCAUUAAUUACCGUGUAGCCACAUCCCUUUGAAGCAGCUUGGCUGACAGUUUAAAAAUGAGAAAAUGCCUGAGACCGUUAACAGCUGAUAGGUAGCUGGGCCAAGACUAGAGCUCAGGUCCUCUGGCUCCCCAGAGUGUCCCUGCAGCCAGGUAGUGCUCCCCGGAGGUACAAAUAGGCACUGGGCAAGGGAGACCAGGAGUGAUUGCUGGGAGAGAGGAGCUGGAGGCAACUUUGCAGGAGGUGAGGGAUGUGAAUUGCCUGGAGGGUGGAGGCUGUUUUGUUGGCGCUGAGACACCAGGGUGAAGGCACGUGCAGCCAGUUACAAAGAAAGGCAGACAAAGGACAGACGAGAGGGAAAGGGACACAUGGAAGAGGCCUUCUGCGGCAAAGAAGUUUGAUAUCGAAAGGGUUAAGAGUUGAAAGUUCCAGAGCAGAACGAUUCAUGAGAUGGACAGAGUAAGGCCCGUUCUGGAGAAUACGACCUAGAUAAUCACUACCACCCAGUCAGGCUGGGAUCUUUUAAGCCUUUCAUUCACCAAAACCGGGCACUGUGGCUUAUUCUCAGAGUAUAAAAGUUCUAAAAUGUAAAUGAUUGUCUUUUUUUUGUAACUUCAAAAAUUUUUUUGGUUGUUAAAAAAAAAAAAAAUCCAAA